GGUGGCUCAACUCAGGUUGGCUCAGUCCUUGUUUGCACUCUUUGCCUCGUCACUGGCAAUCUCCUUGGUCUUUGCCAUCAUCCCUCUGUGCCACAAUGUGGUGGUCCUGGCUGUGGUCAUGGCUGUGGCAGGACUGGCCAUGGGUUGCAUUGACACCAUCUCCAACAUGCAGCUGGUGAAGAUCUACCAGAAGGACUCUGCCAUCUUCCUGCAGGCUCUUCACUUCUUCGUGGGGUUUGGAGCCUUGCUAAGCCCACUGAUUGCUGACCCCUUCCUCUCAGACACCAACUGCAUCCUCUCAAACUCCACGGCCAACGCCUCCAGCAACCUCCCUCACAUCCGCAAGUCCCUGGUCCCACACCAUCCGGGCAACCUGUCUCAUUACGACCUGCCAAUGAAGGGCAUGGUGGUCACACGCGUCUCCUACGCCUUCUGGAUCAUGGCCCUCAUCAAUCUGCCUGUCCCCAUCGCCGUGUUUUUCUUGCUCUACAAGGAGCGGAUGGUGCCGUGCUUCAGCAGCAGCAGCCACCCGCUGCUGUCAGCCGACGAGCUGGCGAUGGAAACGCGGCCAGUGGAGAAGGACGAUCUCUCCACCGCUGUGCAGAGACCCCACGCAGCAGAAGGUCAUGAUGACUUAUUUAGCUGCUGCCAAAGCAAAAACUUCAGAGGGGCUUCUUACACCUACUUCGCAGUCCACAUCACUGGGGCUCUUGUUCUCUUCAUGACUGAUGGGAUUGUGGGAGAGUACUCGGGCUUCGUUUACAGCUACGCAGUGGAAGAGCCUCUCUCUGUAGUACAUAAAGUGGCUGGUUCCCUGCCCAGCCUCUUCUGGGGAUUCAUCACACUGGGCAGGCUCAUCUCCAUCCCUGUGUCCUACCGGAUGAAGCCAGCAACGAUGGUCUUCAUCAAUGUGGUUGGAGUCCUGAUAACCUUCCUCCUGCUCCUGAUUUUCUCCUACAGCGUUGUCUUCUUGUUUGUGGGGACAGCAUCUCUGGGGCUGUUUCUCAGCAGCACGUUCCCCAGCAUGCUCGCCUACACUGAGGACAUCCUGCAGUACAAAGGCUGUGCCACAACCGUGUUAGUGACUGGAGCUGGAAUUGGAGAGAUGGUACUGCAGUUACUGGUGGGAUCGAUUAUCCAUGAUCAGGGCAGCUAUAGUUUCCUGGUCUGUGGGAUGAUCUUUGGAGGCUUGGCCUUUACCUUCUACACUUUCCUCUUGUUUUUCCACAGGAUGUACCCCAAGCCCCCAUCAGAUAUGGAUGACUCCUCACCUGACAAACCAGCAGUAACGGAUGACACUGGACAGUACCAGCACUAAAGAAGUGGCCAAGCUCUAGACAAGCAAUAAAACAACACACAAUUAAGCAUUACUAUUAAGGAUGAUUUCACAUUUAAUGACUGAAUCAUGCAAGUUUUCUGCAAUCAAAAGCACAUUAGAUGGGGUAAGUGGGAAUCAAGGAAACGCUGCGGCGAGCUGAGCACAAGUUGCCCGUGUCACUUGUACCAAAAAGACGACUGUGAGCGUCAGACUGACCC